GUUGGGGCUCAAACGAGAGGACAUAUGUUGACUUGGUUUUGGUUUGUUAUUAUAGCCAAAUAAAACUAAACCAAUUCGAUUUCGGUUUGGUUAUUAUUUUAAUUUUUAAUUUGGUACGGUUCGAACCGGUUACGGGGCUUGUUGAAAUCAGAAAUUAAACCUAAUUUACACGAAAACACUCGAGUUGUUGUUGUUCCUCCUCCUCCUCUCCGGCACCGGGUAAGUAUACGAUGGCGAAGAGAGAGAUUAGUAGCACUCUGAGAAACCUAAAGUUUAUGCAAAGGUCUGCUCUGAAAGAGGAGGAGAAAAAGAAGAAGACUGAUGAAGAGCCUAACGGGAGUUUACCUUCCCUUGGAACUGUUGUUGCGAAGAAGAAGUGUGUGGUCAUAACAGACUGGGAUCCUCAGCCAGGAGCAUUGUUAGGACGCAUGUCGUUUCAAUCUUUCAACCCCUCUAUUGAGAAACUAAAUGAAGAGGCGAUAAGCAGCGGUGGGGAAACAGAUGCUCCUCCCACAAGCUCUAGCAGUAGUAGUGGCGGAAAGAUGUCUUAUAGUGAACCGAACAAGGUUGAGAGAAGCCGGGAAACAACAAAUGGUGGUGGUGACUUCAAAAGGAAACAGCCUGAGGAACAACAACACCAUCCAAGCAAGUCCAUGAGGAGCAGUGACAAACCAUCACCCAGCAACAGACAAACCGAUGGUUUCAAGAAACCCAAGAGCUGGAGCGGUUUGAAACCACCAAAAACUCAAACCAAAAAUUAGCUUAAGCGCAGCGAACCUAGUUCACAUGUUUUAGUAGAUCAUGUUUGUAUCAUCAAUUCAUUCACAUGGUGUUGAUGCUUGUUUUAUGCUUGUGUUUAGCUCCAGAUAUAUGAUGAAACAGUUUUUUCUUUUGUCUUUUCAAUUAAGUUUUACUACAAGUACCA